GCCUUGUUGGUUUAUUGCUACCCACGUACCUCCCGGGACACAGAAGCCAUCGAACCCUCUACCGAACGCAUACUAAACUUUUAUCGUUCCAUUUUGUUCAACCGAUAAUUGAAGGAGAAUGGUCCAUUGUAGAAAAUGAGCACCAGAAUUAUUAAAUUCAAAUAUGGUUCUGACAUACGCAAAAUAUCAAUUGGAGGAGAUUGUGAUACAUACGUAAAAUUGAAGCAUUUGGUGGAAUUUAUUUUCCGUGACCGAAGUUUCGACACUGGUCUUCGAUACAAAUAUGUGGACAGUGGCACGUUUCUGCUUUUAGCGAAGAUUUUCUGACUAGAUGGUGAUCUUAUAACGAUUCGAAAUGAUGAAGACUGGAGAAUGGCGUUAUUAUAUGAAAAGAACUUAAAAAUUUACGUUUACCGUAACAAAAACGAAUUUAAUUACACUUCUUCAGCUGACACCUGUAAAACCGAUAUAGAUCCAUGUGUUGCAGUUAAAAAUGCAAUGUUGUUAUCUCAACACGAAGCCAUUAACGUCGCUGAACAGCUGGCAGUGAUGCGAACACUACUUUUGCGGAUUAUUGAAAGAAUUGCAGGCGAGAAGGGCUACGACAACGGAUCGCUUAUUGAUAAGGGUUUCAAAUAUGGCAUCAACAAAUCCACCGGAUCUCAUUUUCAGUAA